AUGUUUGGAUACACAACCCUUUUGCGUUCAUUAACCGAAGGUAAAGGCGAAUUUACGAUGGAAUACUCUAGAUAUGCACCUACUAGCGAGCAAUCUCAAAGUGGAGUUAUCCGUGAUUGGCAAGUCUCACAAGGUAUAGAAGUGAGCUCAGAGAAAAACAAAAAGAGCCGAAGAUAG